AUGUCGACGCUAACCCGGCUGCAUCAACGAUUGAUUGUCAAAAGGACAGAGCAAGAUGGCAUCACUCGCCCCGUGGACAUGCUGGACAAUUCCUCCAUCCGACCCACCCCAAUUAAAGACAGAACAUGGUCCCAACUCACCUAUAUCAUGUUCUGGUUUUCUGCAACCGCCAAUGUCAGCAAUCUCUACACGGCUUCCACGGGUAUGUCCAUGGGUCUGACCAUGUGGGAAGCGAUCGGCUGUUCCUUUGGCGGACAAAUCCUGGCCGGUGCCUUGAUGGCCCUGAAUGGUCGUGCUGGUGCCAUGUAUCGCAUUCCGUUCCCUGUGCUUUGUCGCUCCAGUUUCGGUACAUGGGGUGCCCUGUGGCCGACUUUUAACCGUGCGGCUAUGUCGAUUGUCUGGAAUGGUGUCAAUUCCGUUCAAGGCGCGCAGUGUCUAUAUGUCUUCCUGCAUGCCAUUUUCCCUUCAAUUGAGAACAUCCCAGAUAAAAUGGGUUCUAAGUCGGCUUUGACCUCUGCGCAGAUGAUGUGCUUUUUUAUCUACUGGCUCGUCAACUGUGCAUUUUUAAUUGUACCCGUUCCAAAGAUGAAAUCCCUGGUCUAUGCCAAGGUUGCCGUCUACUUCUGUGCGGCAUUUGCUAUGCUUGGAUGGACCGUAUCUCUGGCCGGUGGCUCCCUAAAGUCACUUAAUGCGCCCUCAAAAAUCCAAGGCACCGAAAAGAGCUUCUUAAUCUUCAAGUUCUUAUUCCUCGGGCUUGCUAGCUGUGGAACUUUCAUCUCCAACGCGUCUGAUCUCCAGCGAUAUACUACAAAGCCUAAUGAUGUUCUCAUUGGUCAGAUCGUCAGCUUCCCACUAUCGAACUUCCUAGUUGCUAUUCUGGGAAAUCUGAUUGCUUCAUCCAGCAAGGAGAUCUUUGGAGAGCUUAUCUGGAACCCCUUGGCCUUCCUCGACAAGUUGAUGGAGGGAGAGCGUUAUACCCAUGGCAACCGUGCCGCCUGCGCCUUUAUUUCCCUGGCAUUCGUCUACUCGACAGUCUUCUCGGCCAUCUUCGAGAACUCCAUCCCCGCUGGCAACGACAUCGCAGCCCUACUACCAAAAUACAUCACAAUCAAACGAGGCUUCUUCAUCUGCGCCGUCCUCUCCUACGCAAUCUGCCCCUGGUACCUCCUAGCAAGCGCCUCAAUCUUCAUAACCUUCCUAUCAUCCUACCAAAUCUUCCUCUCAGCAAUAACAGGAAUCCUAGUCUGCGACUACUACCUAGUUCGCCGCGGUUACCUCAACAUCCCAGCGCUGUACAUCUCAAAGCCAAGUCCAUACAGAUACUUCCACGGCUUCAACCCGCGCGCCUUCCUCGCCUAUGUCGUGGCUAUAGCGCCUAACUUCUACGGAUUCCUGCACCAAAUGGGCGUCAAGGCGCCCGUGGGCAUCCAGCGGUUCUAUUAUAUCGCCUAUCCCACGGGAUUGAUUAUUGCUUUUGGGGUUUACUAUUUGAGUUGCUUGGCUUCUGCUCCUCCUGGCAUGGAGAAGGGGAUUGGAUGGAUGGAGCCGAAGGAUUAUGUUGAGGACUCGGAUGUUUCUGGGGGUGAGGGAUAUAAUACUAUAGAUGCUGUUGGGAUCGCUGAGAAGGGAGCCGUGGCGGUUACUAAGGCUGAUGUUGGUGAGAAGGGAAGUUAUUAG